GCAAGGACACCAGAGUACGAGGAGGAACUUUGUGGCCCAAAAGAGGAGAAGGAGCCACAACGUCAACUACUGGACGCUGUGUUCAAUCUGCAGCCUCGAAUUGUGCUACACAGAGCAGAGCGGAAAGUGUUGCGAUCGUCGUGUGAAAAUGUGUGCAAGGACAGAAGAGUACGAGGAGGAACUUUGUGGCCCAAAAGAGGAGAAGGAGCCACAACGUCAACUACUGGACGCUGCGUUCAAUCUGCAGCCUCGAAUUGUGGUACACAGAGCAGAGCGGAAAGUGAAAAUGUGUGCAAGGACAGCAGAGUACGAGGAGGAACUUUGUGGCCCAAAAGAGGAGAAGGAGCCACAACGUCAACUACUGGACGCUGCGUUCAAUCUGCAGCCUCGAAUUGUGCUACGCAGAGCAGACGUCAGUGAAAAUCUUCAUCCUGAGCGGCAGCAGUCAGUGUCCCCUCACAUCAAAGAGGAAGAGGAGGAUGAAGAGGUUCAACACAUCAAAGAGGAGGAGGAAGAGUUCCUUCACAUGAAAGAGGAAGAGCAGGAGGAAAUCAUCAAGGUUCCAUCGACUGGUGUCCCUUUGAAGAGUGAAGAUGAAGGUCGAAGUGAGGAGAGACGAGGGGCGGAGCCACCAAACAGCAACAACUCAAGUGAUGGAGACCACUGUGGAGGAUCACAAACUGACGGUGAUGAUGAUGAUGAUGAUGAUGAUGUUGAUGAACAGUUGGAAGGUGAUAUGACAUGUCACACUACCAAUAAAUGCUGGAAAUGUUGUAAAUGUAGGAAAACCUUUGCUUCUAAGAGGAAUUUCAAACAACACAUGAAAAUACACACUGGUGAGAAGCCUUUUGCCUGCUCGGUUUGUGGUCAAAGGUUCUCUCAGAAGGGAACCUUAAAAUGUCACACAAGAACGCACACUGGUGAGAAACCUUUUGCAUGCUCAGUUUGUGGUCAAAGAUUCUCUCAAAGGGGACAUUUGACAAGUCACACAAGAACACACACAGGAGAGAAGCCUUUUACAUGCUCACUUUGUGGUCAAAGGUUCUCUCAGAAGGGAACCUUAAAAAUACACACAAGAACGCACACUGGUGAGAAACCUUUUGGAUGCUCAGUUUGUGGGCAAAGGUUCUCUCGAAAGGGACAUUUGACAAGUCACACAAGAACACACACAGGAGAGAAGCCUUUUGCAUGCUCAGUUUGUGGUCAAAGGUUCUCUCAGAAGGGAUACUUAAAAAUGCAUAAAGGUACCCACUCUGGUGAGAAGGCUUUUGCAUGCUCAGUUUGUGGUCAAAGAUUCUCCCGAAAGGAAAGCUUAAAAAUACACACAAGAACCCACACCGGUGAGAAACCUUUUGGAUGCUCAGUUUGUGGGCAAAGGUUCUCUCAAAGGGGAACUUUAAUAAGUCACAAAAGAACCCACUCUGGUGAGAAACCUUUUGCAUGCUCAGUUUGCGGGCAAAGGUUCUCUCGAAAGGGACAUUUAACAAGUCACACAAGAACACACACUGGUGAGAUGCCUUUUCCAUGCUCAGUUUGUGGUCAAAGAUUCUCCCUCAAGGAAAGCUUAAAAAUACACACAAGAACCCACACUGGCGAGAAACCUUUUGCCUGCUCAGUUUGUGGUCAAAGAUUCUCCAUAAAGAAAAGCUUAAAAAUACACGCAAGAACCCACACUGGUGAGAAACCUUUUGGAUGCUCAGUUUGUGGUCAAAGAUUCACACAGAAGGGAUACUUAAAAAUACACACAAGAACACACACUGGAGAGAAACCUUUUUCGUGCUCAGGUUGCGGUCAAAGGUUCUCCUAUAAGGCUCUGGUAAAGACACACAAGUGUCCUGGUGAGAAAAGCAGUGAUCAAGAACCUUUUAAUGCAAAUGUAAAUGUUUAAUAUAAAAGUAAUGACUAUGUUACUGACAGAAAUCGACAUGCUUGUAUUCUGUGUACCAGCUUUUAUUGUAUGUAUCUUCUUCUUGUCCAUAUAGUUUCAAAAAGCCCCGUGAGUGUUGAGAAUGAACACUGUUGCCAAAAUACUUAAAAGGGACUAGUGAGAGGUGUUGGGAAAGAGGGCGGCAGUGAAUCAGUAGAGCGGGUCGUCCAGUGACCGAAGGGUCGCCGGUUCGAACCCUGGCUCCGACUGUCCGUAUGUGGAAGUGUCCUUGGGCAAGACACCGAACCCUAAUUUGCUCCCAGUGAGCCUGGCAGCGCCUUGCACAGCAGCAGCCGCCCAGUGGUCAUCAGUAGAAUCAUUUACUGAUAAAAUAUUUGCUUUUCAGUAGCGUUGGAAAUCUCUGGCACGAGGCCGAUUCAAUACACACAGUGGGUACUGAAAGUAUUCAGACCCCCUUCAAUUUUUCAGUUAUAUUGCAGCCAUUUGCUAAAAUCAUUGAGGUUCAUUUUUUCUCCUCCUUAAUGUACACACAGCACCCCAUAUUGACAGAAAAAAAGCAGAAUUGUUGAAAUUUUUGCAGAUUUAUUAAAAAAGAAUAACUGAAAUAUCACACAGCCAUAAGUAUUCCGACCCUUUGCUCAGUUUUUAGUAGAAGCGCCCUUUUGAGCUAAUACAGCCAUGAGUCUUUUUGGGAAUGAUGGAAGUUUUUCACACCUGGAUUUCCUCAUCAAGUCCGAUCAGUAUAAUCAAACACAGCUGGACUCCGAUGAAGGUGUAGAACCAUUUGAAGGAUGAUCAGAAGAAAUGGACAGCACCCGAGUUAAAUAUAUGAGUGUCACAGCAAAGGGUCGGAAUACUGAUGGCUGUGUGAUAUUUCAGUUUUUCUUUUUUAAUAAAUCUGCAAAAAUUUCAACAAUGAUUUUUUUUUCUGUCAAUAUGGGGUGCUGUGUGUACAUUAAUGAGGAAAAGAAUUAAGUGAUUUGAGCAAAUGGCUGCAAUAUAAAAUUUAAGGGGGUCCGAAUACUUUGCGUACCCACUGUAUGUAUGUAUGUAUCGAUCGAAUAUAUGUAUAGCUCAGAAAUUUGUUUCUGCAGAUGGCAUUGUGUGACAGAUGUGGACUGUCAUAAUGUCGGACGACCCAUAACGAAGGUCUCCUGUCCCGAAACUGCGGCUGAUCUGAUUUGAUAUUAUCUGAUCCAUAAAAGCUAAAAUAUUGGGCUGAUCAUUAUAAUAUUAAUAUUUAUAAUAGUUUGAAGCUGUCAUGAGAAGCACAUAAAAUUCGUGAUUGAACAUAAUUUCGGGGUACGAGCUGUUGUUCAUGUGAUGCAAUGAUAUAUGACAGCAAUGUAAGAUAUCCAACGUAAUACCAGCUUGAACAAGGUGGUGUUUGGAAACUCAAGCAAUUUCCUGAAAAGUUGUCAUUUUGAAGGUGAGGGGAUUCCACCUGACAGCUGCGAUAUACAAAUAUGACCAAUUCCUGCUACUUAAUUGUAUGGUACAUUCCUUUUCCCACACCAGCUAUGCCAGUGCUUUUCAAUUUUCUAUUUUGUUGAUGAAAAAGGGGUGUUCGAAAGGGAAUUAGUUCUUUACCAAUGGCUCCAAAAUGUAUUGAUAUUAUUGGAAAUGAGUGCCAGUUUCAUUUUCUUGAGCAUGCAUGCAUUUUGUCCAAUGUUUUAGUGAUGUCAAUACCAAAUAAGUCAAUGAUUGAUUGAAAUAGACUGUAAAAAACUGACUUUUGGUGCUAAACUGUAACGUGUAUAUGUGAUCCAGAAUAAAGUACACUGCUUAAAACAGUGA